AUGAAGACUUUCAACUCAAUUGCCGUUUUGGCUGUUGCAGGUUCUGCUUUGGCUACUCCAUCUCCAGUUGGCAAUUUGGCAGCAAGAGCCUCAUCUACAUCUCUUCCUGCUGUUUCCACCAAGGGAAAUGCUUUCUUCAUCGGCGACAACAGAUUUUAUAUCCGUGGAGUCGAUUAUCAACCAGGAGGAUCUUCCAAAAUCGUCGACCCUAUCGCCGACAAAGACACUUGCAGGCGUGAUAUUGCAAAGUUCAAGGAGCUUGGAAUCAACACUGUUCGUGUUUACUCCGUUGACAACACUGCCAACCACGAUGAUUGCAUGAACGCUUUGGCUGCCGCAGGAAUUUACUUGGUUCUCGAUGUCAACACACCAUUGUACUCGCUCAACCGUGCUACCCCGGCACCUUCUUACAACUCCGUUUACCUUCAAAACAUCUUUGCUACCAUUGAUGCCUUUGCCAAUUACACAAACACCUUGGCAUUCUUCUCCGGAAACGAAGUUAUCAAUGAUGAUAGCACAACUAGUGCUGCCCCAUACGUUAAGGCAGUUACUCGUGAUAUGAGACAAUAUAUCGGAAGCCGUGGAUAUCGUUCAAUCCCAGUCGGAUAUUCCGCAGCUGAUGUUGACUCUAACCGUUUGGAGAUGGCUCAAUACAUGAACUGCGGUACCGAUGACGAGCGCAGUGAUUUCUUCGCUUUCAACGAUUACUCUUGGUGUGAUCCAUCUUCAUUCACUAUUUCUGGAUGGGAUCAAAAGGUUAAGAAUUUCACCGAUUACGGAAUUCCUAUCUUCCUUUCCGAAUAUGGUUGCAACAUCAACACCCGUAAAUUCGAGGAAGUCAAGUCUCUUUACAGCACUGAUAUGACUGCCGUUUACUCUGGUGGUCUCGUCUAUGAGUACUCUGAGGAAGGAUCUAAGUACGGUCUCGUAACCAUCAAUGGUGGUUCUGUCACUGAAGGACCUGAUUUCACCGCUCUCAAGGCCGCUUUCGAAGGAACCACCAACCCAUCUGGAGAUGGUGGAUACAGCUCUACCAACAAAGCCUCUGAUUGCCCAGCUCAAUCUUCUACCUGGAACGUUACCAGCAAUGCUCUCCCGGCUAUCCCAUCUGGUGCUGCAGCUCUCAUGAAGACCGGUGCUGGCGCUGGUGCAGGAUUAACCGGUAAGGGAUCCCAAAACGCUGGAGGAACUUCUACCGGAACUGCCUCUGCUGGAUCCGGAUCAGUUACAGCUGUUGCAACUGGAAGCACGAGCAGUGCUACCAGUACCUCCAAGGCUAGUGCAGGAAACGCAUUGACUCCAAUGGAUAAGGCACCAAUGGUUAUUGGUGCAUUGAUCGCUAGUUUGACUUUUGUUGGUGCAGCACUUUUGUAG